AUGGUAUCAUUCCACGGAAUGGUCCCGACAAAUAGAAGCAAAAAAUCAAUCUUUCUUUUACAUAUGAGACCAUUCCUUAGAGAGAUACCUCACAUUGAUAUGGAUAGUAACAAAACAAAAGAGUGUACGAACCAAGAUCAAGAUGAAGAUGAAGAAGAAGAAGAAGAAGAAAGUUCAAAGAUAGAGCAACCUAGACACAACAAGAAAGAUCAACAAUCACAAGAAACAACUGGUGGUGCCAACAAUACCAAAGGAACAGAUAUAGGACACUGUAAACUUUUAUCAAUUGUAAAGAAUGAAAAAGGAUUUUAUAUGGUUGGCAAUGGCAAAGGGUUGAGAUCAACAUCGGGUACUUUUACAAAGAACAUGUAUAUCCCAAAAUAUGACAAAAGGCCACCUAUCUAUGAAAUGAUCAACAUAGAUAUCAAAGAAGAACUAAAAGACAGCACUACAACUGAGACGACAGUCUCAUCUCAACAACAAACACAGUCACAGUCACAAUCACCAUCAUCACAAGUACCACCGCUAUCACCAUCACCUAAAGCGAAUCAUGGGUUUCUUGUGGUCGGAUCAAUAUCUGUCCCAUUGAUCAAACAUACAUCGAUCAUAGGAUCAGAGUUUGGUUGUAGAAUCAGAAUCAAACAGGAAUUUGUAGGACCGAAACAUGCAUCGGUGACAGUCACCAACGGCAAGGUCAUGCUCAAGGCACUAGCUCUUGACAGUCCAAACUACUCUGCUCUCAAGGUAGGCACCGACAAGGUGGCCUGUGAUGAAGAGGUAGAGAUUAAAGAGAAUCAAGUGUUUUACAUUGGUGAAAAGUCAAUGUACUAUAGCUUGAAAAAGGUUGAAAAUCAAACGAUGAGCCCUUCAAAGAAAAAGGCUAUUGACGAGGCUGAACAUACCAAGAGGCUGCAACAAGAGGCUGAACAAAAGAAGAAAGCCGAAGAAGAGAAAAAGGCAAACAAAAAGAACAAGUCCAAGAAGAACAAGACUCAGCCAAGACCAUCAUCUCAAAAGGCAACAGGAGAAGGAGGAGAGGAGAAAAAGGUUAAAAAGACACCGACCAAGGAAAAGAAACCAAUCUCUUUUGUUCCAAGCCAACCUAAAACGGUUUCCGUUGAAAGGGACGAGAAUGGAAUCUACCAUGCAGGCUCUAAUAAGGGACUUACAAGUGAAUCAAAGUCUUUUAUGAAGCUAAUGUAUGAACCAGAGAGAAAAAAAAGACUUUCAAAACCUGUUAUCAAAUUUGAUGGUAAAAAUUAG